CUACGCUUAAGAUUUAGGCAAUAGGCAUUAUAGUCGAAAAGUAAAAGGUGGGAAAAAGGAAAGAAGCAUCAGAUGAAUGGCGGAGGGGUAGAGCUUCUGAAUGCCGGGAAUGCCACUGCUCUGUUCCAUUCCGUGGAUGCUUUCCUUUUUGAUUGCGAUGGAGUGAUCUGGAAGGGGGACAAGCUGAUUGAUGGCGUUUAUGAUACACUAACUUUCCUCAGGUCCCAGGGGAAGAAGUUAGUUUUUGUCACCAACAAUUCCAGCAAAUCAAGAAGGCAAUUCGCCUCCAAGUUCCUUUCUUUGGGCAUUUCUGUGUCUCAGGAUGAGAUCUUCAGCUCCUCUUUUGCGGCUGCAAUGUACCUGAAAUCCAUUGAAUUUUCUCCUGAUAAGAAGGUGUAUGUAGUUGGUGGGGAAGGCAUCUUGGAGGAGCUGGACCUUGCUGGCUUUACAGCCCUUGGUGGCCCUGAAGAUGGCAAAAAGAUGAUAGAACUGAAAGAAAAUCCCUUUUUGGAGCAUGAUAAGACUGUUGGUGCUGUUGUCAUUGGAUUGGAUCAGUAUAUUAACUUUUACAAGCUCCAUUAUGCAACACUUUGCAUUCGUGAGAAUCCAGGAUGCUUAUUUAUUGCUACCAAUCGAGAUGCUGUGGGAAAUAUGACUGAUUUGCAAGAAUGGCCUGGUGCUGGAUGUAUGGUGGCUGCUUUGUGCGGCUCCACUGAGAAAGAGCCCAUUGUGGUCGGAAAGCCAUCAGCAUUUAUGAUGGACUUCUUGUUAAAGAAAUUCCAUGUUGACACCUCCAGAAUGUGCAUGGUGGGUGAUAGAUUAGAUACUGAUAUUCUAUUCGGACAGAGUGCUGGCUGCAAAACACUCCUUGUUCUCUCUGGCGUGACGACAUUGCCUACUCUUCAGGAUUCAGCAAACAACAUCCUGCCAGAUUACUACACUGACAAAGUGUCUGACUUGCUACAACUAUUGCGACCAUAAUUGUAUAAUUGCUGUGGGCCUUGUGCCUCCCAAAUCAUGAACUCAUUUUUCUUCUACAUUAUCAUGUCCCAGUUGCUACUGGGACAUUAUUGAACUAGGCUUACACUUAUGUGCAGUAAGCCACAUCAUCAAUUAGUCUCAAAUAUAUAUACUUAUUUUCAUUUUA